AAUUUUUUAUCUACUGUGACCACAAUGGGUAAAAAGAAAGGAAAGAAAGGGGGAGGAGGGAAAAAGGGAAAGAAAGGAGGAAAGAAGAGCAAGGAACCCCAGAUGACAGCUAAAGAGGCAAUAUUAGGCUACCAAAUAGGAAUAAUUGAAAAGAAACUUGAAGAUGUAAUGUAUGAAACUAGAGGAUGGGAGGAGAAAAACAAAAAGCUUUCAGAUCGGAAUGCAAACCUCCUUGAAGAGCAAGAAGUCUUGAUUAAACAUUUACUGGAACAAGCCAAGAAGGCAGACCAGUAUUUUGCAGACGAGGAAAUAAAACGCAGAGAAGAUGUCAUCUUGUGUAUGAAGGACAAAUGGGAUCGUCAGAGAGAACUGGAGAAAGAGAUAGAGGGAAUAAAGAAGAAGAUUACUGAUGUGGAGGAGGAAAUAAAAGCUGUCCAGAAAGAUGUAGAUUACUGCAAGGAGUACCGCGAUGUAGAACAACACAAAAACAAGAAACGGAUCAAUCUACUGGAGGCUGACAUUGAAGACAUGGAGGCUAGCUUCCAGGAAAUGAAAACUCAUUUAGAGAAGUCCAAUGAGAGAGCAAAGAAUGAGAUCACAUCACGAACAGAGAGCAUGUUAGAUAAACAAAAAGACCUUGCCACUCAGAAAGCCAUUUCAAAACUUGACAAAUACAGUCAGCGAGAAGUACUUGAUAAUGAGUGGCUGACAAGAGAGGUUAACAUACACAGACAAGAUACCUCGGUUUUGAGAGAAAAGGUGGAGGAUCUGGAGAAAGGAAAUUUGGAAAUCAUGGCUGACCUAUUUGAAUGUAAAAUAGAGGACCUAAAGAUCUCAAGGAAAUUCUUUUUAACUCAGUUUGAAGAGAAUGAGAAUUUAGAAGAGACUGGGGUUCUGGAGAUGGACCUAGCCAAUCUGUCAAUCAAUAAUAGGCCCGCCUCCAAACAGAUGGAGCUGUAUGACAGCGGUGAUGGAGAUGGGGCUGUCUAUAAACCUGUCGUGAGACCAAAAAGUGCCACACAGAGGGCAGUAGAGGAGAAGGUGUUCUCUCUUGCCAGGGGAAUGACGGUAGAAUCGGACGAAGACAGCGACAAUGUGAGUGAUGAUACAGAACUACUGGACAAUAUGUAUUUUGAAGAGGAGGACUGGAAUGAUUAUUUGAAACUUGGAAAACUAGAGCUGAAACUCCUGAACGUAACUGGUCAACAGAUGCCAAUACAUGUUCCAUUUCAACCAACAGAGGCGGAAAUUAAGGCCAAACAAUGUAACCCCGACACCUGGCCUGUGACCCAACCCAUGCUGAAACAGGCCACAGAAUCCUGAGCCAUUCUAGAAUGUUCUUAAAACCUAGAGCAUUCUGUAAGCAAAGCUAAAAGUCCUCCGCUAGCAUGUACAUUAACAUCUGCAUUUAUAACUUUGUGAUGUGGAUAUCCUGUUACAAAGAAUCAGGAUAGCAAUGAGUUUUUGCAUCAUGUGUAUUCUAAUUUACUUCAAGCAUUUCUUAUGGAUAAGAAUCCUCAAUCUUCUUGAUGAAGAAUGAGAAAUUCCUAAUGAACUUUUGCAGAUAUUUUGUAAAAUGUACACAAAUGUUUGUUUUUUGAAAGCAUAAUCAAUAUAAAACACAUAACACAUCCCUUUUGUGUAUUGUGAAAAUAACACUGUUAAAUUCAAUAUACUUUGUUAAAUAAACAUGA